ACAGAUUAUAUACAACAGCUAAUACAUGCCAACAAAUACAGUCAUUAUCGGCAAUUAGUAUGUGUUAAUUUGUUUGUUUAUCGUUUAUAAAUUAAUUAUUGCUGUUAAGUGUGGGCAUUAUUUUCACGUUCGCGAGUCAUGGCAAGUUACGUAGUAGUUCACUCAGCCCAGUGGUACUCCGCUCAAUGAAGUGGCACGCAAUGCACGCCCCCCAUGCCCAGAGAAGAAGUGGUUGAGAACCAAUUCGCUCUAUUCUUGUCUGCUUGUUGCGCAGAGUGCGAAAUCAGACUUCUGCGCAUCUCCCUCCAAGCCUCGCGGAAGUCUGGCAACGCCGCUCGCUUACUCUCUCUCUCUCUCUCUCUCUCUCUCUCUCUCUCUCUCUCUCUCUCUCUCUUUCUCUCUGGGCUUCUUGUUUACAGUUUGGCUCGGCAGUUGCGUUGAGAGGUUAUGAAAGCCACGCUACAAGCCAUGUCUCCGCCAACUAAUACAAAUUAUCGUUAUAAAAAUGGGAGAUUUCUUUAAAAAACUACAUUCAGACGAUAUCAAGCAAUGUCAGGUGGUAGUAAGAAAGAAGUAGAGGUUUUGCCUAAGGUGACAAGAGAAGAUAACAGGAAGCGUAUAGUCGAUUUGGAUGUACUCGGAGAGAAUCUGAAAUGUAAAGAGUGCCAGUCUAUUUUAUUUUUAACAAAUACGAUUGAAGAAAAGUGUAUCGGUCUUUAUUCGAUUUUAACAAUCAAACGCGAUUCAUGUCAAGGAACAACAAAAGUGGAGAUGAGCAGCAAGGAUGAAAAUGGCAAAUCAGAAGUGACUGCAUCUAUUGUGUUAGGAGCUGUGCACGCAGGUGUUGGAAACACCAAUUUAAACAAACUUCUUGCUUGUGCAAAUUUACCAUCCAUCUCCAAUUAUUUAUACAAGCAGUACGAGAAAAUGAUAGGAACAGCAAUCGAAACUGAAGCUCGAACCAGCUGCUUACAAGCUGCGAUUGAAGAAAAACAACUAGUCAUAGAAAAUAUUGAGAAGCUACGUAAUCAGUUGUAAGGAUCAAUCAAUAAUCGUCAUAAGUAGAUUACAUUUAUAAUAAACAUGAAUAAUAUGUCAAUGUAACUAAUCGAUUUUGUAUUUUAUAAAACACAUGUUAGUUUUUUCCGAUGAGGCACUGUGUUUAUAAUAGAAUUUGUUGAACAUGUAUGAUUCUUAUAAGUUCAAUGUUAUUCAGCAUUUUUAUAAAUGUAAUAAUGAUAUUAACAUCGAAUGAAUUCCAAUAUUUUAUAAUUGUACAAAUGAAAGUUUAUAUACAAAGGUUUAGUUAGUAUACCUAUUGUAUACAUUUUAUAUUGCUUAUUCGAUUGAUUUAUUAUGAUUUUCGAUUUAUACAUAUACACUGUAUAUAAACUAAUCUAUAUAAAAGUUCUCUA